ACGUCGCGCGCAUCGCUCAGCAGAGGAGCCGCUGCAGAUGUGUGUCUCCCGGGGGAUUAACGGACACGCCGCGGACUGGUAAACCAGCAGAUGGAAAACACACGACGUCAUGAAAGAGAUUAACACUGUGGGGGGGCAGAAGGAUGACAACUGCGGAGACAACGAGGAGCCAAUGAGGCGCAGCUUCUCGGUGGAAGACCUCGUCGACGAGGUGGAGAAGCUCUGCUACGACGCCUCGGGGUCAUCGAAGGUGGAGAUGGUGGUGCGGCUGUGGAAGGACGGCUUCACCGUGAACGGCCAGGAGUUUCGCAGCUACGCCGUAGCGGAGAAUCAAGACUUCCUGGACUCCAUCAAGAGGGGGGAGCUUCCCAAAGAGUGGGAGAGCAGGGCGGAGGAGGAGGAGCUGGAGGUCAGUGUGGAGGACCUGACGGAGGAAAACUACGUUCCCAGGAAGAGGGCCUUUCACCCCUUCAGCGGCCCAGGGUACCGACUUGGCAGUGUUGCUCCCAGAGUGGUGGCCAGGUCACCAUCCGUGAACGAGGAUGGAGAAUCUCCUCCCAUCCCCAUGGUAACGCUAGACCACGCCCUCCCCGUUACCUCCCUGCAGAUCUGGUUGGCCGACGGCAGGAGAUUGGUGCAGAGGUUUAACCUAUCAAACCGCGUCGCCGACGUCCAGGAUUUCGUGGCGCGCUGCCAGAGGAGCUGCCCGCCCUUCGUCCUGACCACGUCCGUCCCUUUCCGGGAGCUCGACGACAAAGAGUUGAGUCUCCAGGAGGCCGACUUGGCCAACGCCGUCAUCGUGCAGAGACCCCUGGACACGCAGGCCCCGUUCGGUCACUGCUGACGAUGAAAGGGCCUCGAUGCGACCCUCAUUGCGGUCUCAACGCCCCCUUUUAUCGAUAUAUUCAUAAUAUUGCUUUAUUCUAAAGUCUGUGCUUUAUUUGUUGUCGGUGCCUUCUUGGUCUUCUUCCUCCUGCCGACGGAUCUCCCAAAACCACCAAACUCAAGAGGCAGAUGUAUCCAUCUGUUGGUCCACCGCAUGUUACCUUCCCUCCUUCCCUCAUACACACACGGCAAAUACCUUCACCUUUACCAGCAUCACCCACCAACUCUCUCUAAAGUCUUUACCAAACUGCUAUCGCCAGUUUUUCUUCAAGUAAAAAAAAUAUAUAUAAGGGGCUGAUAUUUUUAAAUAUAUAUUUAUGUUUAUAGUUUAUAUUAAAUAAACACAUAUAUUGAUUUUUCACAUUAAUGCCAUUUUUAACAGACGUAAUAUGACGCCGUGUUACUGUAAUUUGCGUCGGCCUGACUGUUGAGUUGUAUUUAUUUAGAAUUCAUUUAGAAAUUAUUUAUAAUUUAUUAGAAUUUAUUUAGAGGUUAUUUAGAAUUUAUUUACAGUUGUUUCAGAAUUUAUUUUCAAUUUAUCUUGAAUGUAUUUAAAAGGUAUUUAGAAUUUAUUUUAAAUUUACUUAGAAUUUAUUAAGAGUUUAUUCAGAAUUUAUUCAGAAUUCAUUUAGAGUUUAUUUAGAAUUUAUUUACAAUUGUUUCAGAAUUUAUUUAGAAUUUAUCUAGAAUUUAUUCUAAAUGUACUUAGAAUUUAUUAAGAGUUUAUUCAGAAUUUAUUUAAAAUGUAUUUAGAAUUUAUUUUAAAUUGUUGCAUAUUUUGUUUUGGUCAACAUUGUCUUUUCUUUAUGAGGAGGGGGGAUAUAUGGAACGCACAAUGUAUUGUUUUAUUGUACUGCAUCCGUUCACGGCAUAUCAAGGAAUAAUCAAAGUAUUCAAACCUC